GUGCUGACAACGCUGGGGAGACACUGUGAGUCCUGCUGACCCGGAGCCUUCCCGGCUGGGGCUGAAGGCCGUUGCAGAGGAUGAGGAUCCAUCCCAGCCCUGGGAUGUCUUCGCUGGUCUCCCUCGUGAACCUCCUCUCUGUGCUGCUGAUGGGCUGCGUAGCUGAAAGUCCCCCUGUGUUCAUUAAAAAACCUGUGGACCAAAUUGGUGUGUCGGGAGGGGUGGCCUCAUUCGUAUGCCAAGCAACUGGAGACCCAAAGCCACGGGUCACCUGGAACAAGAAAGGGAAGAAAGUGAACUCUCAGAGGUUUGAGACAAUCGAAUUUGAUGAAAGUGCAGGUGCUGUUUUGAGGAUCCAGCCCCUCCGGACUCCCCGGGAUGAGAACAUUUACGAGUGUGUUGCUCAAAACCCUCAUGGGGAGGUCACUGUCCAUGCCAAGCUCACCGUCCUCCGAGAGGACCAGCUACCUCCCGGCUUCCCAAACAUUGAUAUGGGGCCCCAGCUGAAAGUGGUGGAGCGGACACGAACAGCCACAAUGCUGUGUGCGGCCAGUGGGAACCCGGACCCAGAGAUCACUUGGUUUAAAGAUUUCCUGCCUGUCGACCCCAGCGCGAGCAAUGGGAGAAUAAAACAGCUGAGAUCAGGUGGUCUGCAGAUUGAAAGCAGCGAGGAGACAGACCAGGGGAAGUAUGAAUGUGUCGCCAGCAACAGCGCCGGGGUGCGCUACUCCUCCCCUGCUAACCUUUACGUGAGAGUUCGCCGUGUGGCCCCUCGCUUCUCCAUCUUACCCGUCAGCCAUGAAAUCAUGCCCGGUGGCAACGUCAACAUCACCUGCGUGGCCGUGGGUUCGCCCAUGCCGUACGUCAAGUGGAUGCAGGGAGCGGAGGACCUGACGCCUGAAGAUGACAUGCCUGUGGGCCGCAAUGUCUUGGAGCUCACGGAUGUCAAGGACUCAGCCAACUACACGUGUGUGGCCAUGUCCAGUCUGGGAGUCAUAGAAGCUGUUGCUCAGAUCACGGUGAAAUCACUCCCCAAGGCUCCUGGGACGCCAGUGGUGACAGAGACAACAGCAACGAGUAUCACCAUCACCUGGGACUCUGGAAAUCCAGACCCUGUGUCCUACUAUGUCAUUGAAUACAAGUCUAAAAGCCAGGAUGGACCGUAUCAGAUCAAAGAGGACAUCACCACCACACGCUACAGUAUUGGGGGUCUCAGCCCUAACUCUGAGUACGAAAUCUGGGUCUCUGCAGUCAACAGCAUUGGGCAGGGGCCUCCCAGCGAGUCCGUGGUCACUCGCACUGGUGAGCAAGCUCCUGCCAGUGCCCCCCGUAAUGUGCAGGGACGAAUGCUGAGCAGCACCACCAUGAUCAUCCAGUGGGAGGAACCGGUGGAGCCCAAUGGACAGAUCCGUGGCUAUCGUGUAUAUUAUACCAUGGAGCCUGAUCAGCCCGUCAGCAACUGGCAGAAGCACAACGUGGACGACAGCCUCCUGACCACAGUGGGCAGCCUUCUCGAGGACGAAACCUACACAGUCCGGGUCCUGGCCUUCACCUCCGUGGGAGAUGGACCUCUUUCUGACCCCAUCCAGGUUAAGACGCAGCAAGGAGUUCCUGGGCAGCCGAUGAACUUCCGAGCAGAAGCCAAGACAGAGACAAGCAUCGUGUUGUCGUGGAGCCCUCCCCGCCAGGAGAUCAUAGUGAAGUAUGAGCUCCUCUAUAAGGAAGGAGACCAUGGCAGGGAGGUGCCGAAGAACUUCGAGCCAACGACCUCCUUCACUGUGGAAGGCCUGAAGCCCAACACUGAGUAUGUCUUCCGGCUGGCCGCCCGCUCGGCUCUGGGCCUGGGGGCCUUCACCCCGGAGGUCAGAGAGCGCACCUUGCAGUCUA